AUGGUGCGCGUGCCCGGAUCUCUUGGGGACUGCGGAUUUCACCGUGAGUCCGUAGAAGAUGCGCAAGUGAAGAAAGAACCAGGGGAAGAGGCGUCGUCGGAUAUCGGAUCGACGAAGACGCUGCUGAACAAAACGAGAUCCGCGGAUCGACAGAGUGCUCGGAGGACUUCUGUCGACGGAAUCGAGGGCGAUCUGGAAACAGAUCUAGAAGACAAACCUCAACAUCCUCCCCAGGUCCCUUCGGGGACCCCGGUGGAUCUUGGUGCGAACCGAGCUUCACUAACAAAACAAACUAAGGCGGGAUCGGACCGAUACGCGUUCGCUGACUCGCCGAUCAGGCUCGAUCUGGACUACCUGGACGCGAUCGCGGACAAGGACCAGAUCGUGAGGAAGAAGCUGAGAGCGCCAGGCCUGGACGACGAAGAUCCCAGACCGUCGGCGCUCGACUGGUCCGAGGCUGACCUGGAUCGUCAGUAUCACUUGAAGGAACUGCGACACUUCUUGCGUCAAGAUCCCGUCAUGGUGAUCUUGCGGCCAGAGCAGAUCGACGACCCGAAGGACCCGAUCUCGACCCCCCCCCGAGUGACGGACAACAAGCUGAUGGCGGUGAAGAACCUGCUCGGGCUGUUGAAGGAAGCCGGCUUCGUGGCUGGCGCCUUUGAAGCGAAUGAUCUUUUCGAUCAGGAUCUCGAUGUGAUCCAGACAGCGAUCCAGACAUUGGUCGACAAGUUGAGACCUUUGGUCGACGUGAUCGGACAGUCCGGACCUGAAGGUGCCAGAUCUAGUGUCGCCAGCUCCCGCGUCGUCGCCGCGGAUGGAGUCCACUGGGUACCGAUCGUCGUCUCCUUAUGUCUCCGCAGCGGAACACGUAUCAGAUACGUCGUCUGA